AUGGCGGCGCCCAUCUGCAGGUACAGCUGGUUCGCUUCCGCUUCUCGAAAAGUGGGAAGUUAUCUGUUUAAUUCAGUGUUUCUCGCCCAGGCGGCGAGCAGCGGGAACAAAAUGGACUCCGAGCGGCCGACCAGGCUGGAGUUUGCGGUGCAGAUGACAUGUGAGAGCUGCGCAGUGAAAGUCAGAGCUGCUCUGGAAGGUAAACCAGGAGUGACGUCUGUCAGUGUGGAUGUGGGUAAGGAGCAGGUGUUGGUGGAGUCGGCUCUGACCAGUGCAGAGGUUCAGGCUCUGAUAGAGAGCACCGGACGACGGGCCGUGCUGAAAGGCAUCGGAGGAUCAGAGCAAGACCUGGGUUCAGCUGUGGCCAUGCUGGCCGGUGGGGGAAAGAUCCAGGGGGUGGUGCGCUUCCUGCAGCUGUCCGAGGAGCGUUGCUUGAUUGACGGGACCAUUGAUGGGUUGGAGCCCGGACCCCACGGCCUCCACGUCCACACCCUGGGGGACCUCACGCUGGACUGCCUCAGCUGUGGAGAGCACUACAACCCCUUUGGGAGACAGCACGGCAGUCCAGGGGACUCUGAAAGGCAUGCUGGUGAUUUGGGAAAUAUUGUUGCUGGACCAGAUGGCAGAGCCUCAUUUAGACAAGAGGACAGUCAAAUAAAGGUGUGGGAUGUGAUUGGCCGAUCGUUGGUGGUGGAUGCAGGAGAGGACGACCUGGGCCGAGGAGAUCACCCUCUCUCCAAACAGACUGGGAACUCUGGGGAAAGACUGGCCUGUGGGAUCAUCGCCCGAUCGGCAGGUCUUUUCCAGAACCCCAAACAGAUUUGUGCCUGUGACGGCGUCACGCUGUGGGAGGAGAGAGACCGGCCGAUAGCGGGGAAAGGUCGGAGCAAGGCCGGCACAGAAACACCGUCGGCAAACCUCUGAAACCUCGGAUACAAACAACAACCCCAUCUUUAACCCCGUGUCGGGCACAUUGAGGAGAAAUGCAGUGGACAUUUGUCUACAGGGUCAGAGCACUGAAGAAAAUAUAUGUUUCCACACAGCUGGACAGGCGACCAAAGAAGAAUGGCCUUAUUUUUUCUUGAAAUCAAAUCUUCUUACAGUCACAGUUUACUGUCCUCUGAGGAUUUAAAAAGCACUGUAGCAGAUUAAAAACAGGGGCUUUGUGAAAGUCACCUUUGAUUAGCUAGAUGUCUGUUGAUAUUGUUAUAUAUUUGUAUAAACAGCGCCUCUGACACAUCAGGCUCAACUCUGUCUAAAUGAAUAUACGUCAUGGCUGGGAGAAAUGAAUUAAAGUGUCUAAUUCAAUUAUACAAGCCUCCUAAAAACAGUAGUAGUAAUGAUUUGUUAAAAACAUGUUCACGCAUUUUGAGUCAAGCAGGGAAAUCAACACAGAAAUAGGAUUACACAAUAAUGUGUUGCUUAUAAUAAGGAUAUUUACUGUCACAAAGCUUUCCAGCUGCAAUAGCCCGACUGCACAAAAUCACCAAGUGUUUUGAUUGAGAAUGCGCAAAGAUAUUAAGUAAAAACUGGCCAAAACAGUCCAAAUAGAUCAACAAUUCCAGGAUCGGGGAUUCACAUGUGCAGCCAUGGAUCGACCAAAGUGAUUCUUUUGUAAAAUUCCAUAGAACAAAGAGGCUCAAUGUGCGAAAGCUUAACAAAUAUUGUUUGGGGCUAACUUGGGAUGUGGACAGAUUCUGCAACUCCUCCAUUCUUUCUUUUUUUUUUUUCAUUUUAAAUCCAUAAAUUUGGUUCCCUGAAGGAUUGCAUGCUCAGCUGUUUCUUCACUAUGGUGUUUUAAUUGCACAGCUUCAUCCGUCCCGCUUCAAAUCCUCUGCCGUCACAAAUUGCACAUGUGGAUUGAAGUAUAAUCUAAUGAUGUACUAAACUUCUACCUCGUCACACUCAUUGAUUCCUCUUAACAUGCGUCUCUCCUCCUGACGACGCCAUCAAUACUGUGACAUUGUGUGCAGCACCCUAUCGGCCAUAUGAGUGUGUGUGUGUGAGGCAAGUUUUGCAUUGAUUGUCCAAAUUGAGCAUCUGUCUUGUGCCCGGUGAUGCCUGAAUAAGCUUAUUGAAUUUUCCCCCAAAUGUUCAGUCGGUCUCCUUUUUUUUUUUCCAUUUGUGUCUGAGGGCUGUGAACGCCACUUGAAUGUAGGGCUGCAACCAGUGUUCGUUUUAUAUAACAGAUUCAAUGUGUGGAUUCAAUCAAUACGUCUGUCUAUACAAUGAGAACCUAUUGUAAUGUCUUUAAAUAGCCAUUUUUAUUUGUGUCCGACAAUGAAUCAAAAAAAAAAAAAAACUAUUUAUGUAAAUCAGUGAGAAGCUAGAACCAGAAAAAAAUUAAACUGAAAGCUUUUGCUUGAUAA